CUUGAUCUCUUCCUUGCAGGUUCUUUCUUUGAUGUAUAAUAAUUUUAUUUGAUUAGUAAUUCCUAAUGACAGUGCGUGGCACCUAUAUAUAACCCACAUAUAAAUUUUAUUUUAAUUGUUGUAAUAUUUCAAAUUUUCAUCAUAUGUGUAUGAUAAAUUCAUUCUUUGUUUUGCUUGAUUGUGGUUUUAUUACUAACCUAUAAUUAUCAUAAGUUCGUUAUCUUUUUUAUCUUUUAGACCAUGGAAGGUAGUAAUAGGUUAUGAAAGGUUAUAAAUAAGUGUAUUUCCAUGCUUUGGCGUUAAAUUCAAAAACUGAGAUUGGUGUUUUUCCAUGGUUGGUCAUGUCAGACACUUGUGUUGUGGAUCUGUGCUUGGACAAAACUGUAAAACUAUCUAAAUGGAAAGUUAGCGAAGGAACGAUUGUUUAUGAUGGGAGAGUACUUCUGAUUUAUGAAGAAGGAGACAAAACCCAUAAGUUCAAAUCCAAACAUGUUGGAACUGUGUCCAAAUUACUGGCAAAAGAAGGCAGUUUAGUUAACCCUGGGGAGCCUUUGCUUAUAUUAGGCAAAGGCUGUUCUCAUCCAACUGUCGUUAAUGAUUUAUGUGCCGAGUGUGGAGCGGAUUUGCAAAAAGAUGGUAAAAAUCAAUCUCAAGCAACGAUUCCUAUGGUUCAUAGUAUUCCAAGUUUAAAAGUUAGUCAUGAGCAAGCACAAAUAAUUGGCCGUGCAGAUACCACAAGGCUUUUAAAAGAUAGGAAGCUUGUACUUUUAGUCGACCUUGAUCAGACAUUGAUUCACACUACCCAUGAUACUAUUCCCAACAACAUGAAGGAAGUUCAUCACUUUCAGUUAUUCGGAUCAGGCAAUCCUUGGUACCAUACCCGUUUAAGACCUGGUACUCAAAAAUUUUUAGAAGAAAUGUCAAAAGCAUUGUUUCCUUGUGGGGAUGAGCUUGUUUGUAUUAUUGAUGAUAGAGAAGAUGUGUGGGAUUAUUCUCCUAAUGUAAUACCAGUCAAGCCUUACCAUUUUUUUCGAAACACUGGUGAUAUACAUUCUGAUCCUCGUGUAACUCCUUCAACAGGAGUAGCAAAUGACUAUUUGGCACCAGGAGUAAAAGUCAAAGAAAAGCCUCCUGAAGAUGAAUCGGAACACAAUGAGCUUGCGGAUGAUAUAGAAGUAGAAGAGGAAGAUGAUUAUUUAAUAUACCUUUCCAGCAUAUUGAAAAGAGUUCAUAAAAUGUUUUAUAAUGUUUACGACAAGAAAAUGGAAGGGGUUCCUGAAGUUAAGUGGGUGAUAGAACGCCUGAGGUCAAGUGUCUUGGAGGGUUGUGAACUUGCUUUCUCUGGUCUUAUACCGUUGCGAACCAAAUUAGAGGAAUCGGAACCUGCUCUAGCUGCUGUCAGGCUUGGAGCAAAAAUAUCUCCAACCUUGCAACCUUCAACUACACAUCUGAUCGCAGCUGGAAAAGGAACUGCUAAGGUACACCAAGCUAAGAAAAUGAAAGGUAUAAAAGUUGUGAAUCCUCAUUGGCUUUUGACUUGUUCGCACAGGUGGGAAAAAGUUGAUGAACGACUUUAUGACAUAGGGGCAGAUUAUGGUCCCUUACCGCCCCAGUUCUGCCGGACUGGUGCAAAAGGAGUUCCUACUAGUCUCAUUACUCUUUCACAGGAAGACAUGGAUGCCAUGGCAGAAGAAGUUGGAGAGCUCUCUGAUAGUGACUCAGGAGAAGAUGAAAAUGGAGAAGACACCAGUGCAAUCCCUAGUAGAGAAAGUAGUAAUCCUAACUCUGAAUCAUCUUUAGAUGAGGAAGAUGGUGAAGAAGAUUUAUCCUUACUUGGUCACCAAAUAGAACAAGGGCUUUCAGAUGAUGGUUAAAGCUUAUUAGAUUAAAAAUACACAUGUACCUCCUAAUAAAUUAAUUUCAAUACCCAUUUCCUUGGUCACUAUUAUGUAAAUACAUUGUAAAUCUAUUUUAUAUUUAGUGUUUUCAUUUUUAAUUGUAAUUUCAGUCUGAAAUUAAAAAGUAAUUUAUUCAACAGAUGUGUGUGGGUGGGUAUUAUCUAUAAUCUGCAUGUGUUCAUAAAAUAAACUUUAAAAAUACAAGUAUAUAUUGUUAUUGGCAUGUACAAAACAAGAGUGUUAUAAUACCUUUGUUAUCUAAUUUAUUUAAAUGAUUGUGUACAUUUGAAGGUUAUUUUUAAAUAAACAAAACUUGUAACAGUGA